AAUCACCUUUUGUAUUAGUGAUUUUGAAUUCGUACAAAGAACACCCAGAGGUUCUAAAACCAGGCUCUAAGCACAUGACCCUCUAAUGUCAGACUCUCUGAUUCCUUCUCUCAUUUUUAUUUUUAUUUUUUACACUUCUUUUUAUUUUUUAUUUUUUGUUUUGCACUGGUUCUUUGUAGGAAGUUACUUCCCUCUGCUUUAUCCCAUUCUUUUUCUUUUCUCUCUCUUAAACCUGCUUUAUUCCCAUUGAACUCACCUCUAAAAAGAAGACGAUCCUCCCUCGAUCCUCCUUGUGUUUCAGAAACAACAUUACCACCCUUUCUCUCUCUCUCUCUCUCUCAUAUCACAAAGGAAGAAGCCAAAGACCCUCUUUUGCUCUUGUUUGUUCCCACAUACCAACCUGUUCCUACUUUGGCAUGAACAUAUCUCACUCUCACACUGUGUGAACUUGCUAAUAAGUUGGUUAUAGCUAUACACGUGAAUUUAAAGAAUGGAAUCACCCUCAGAACUAAGCCUUGAUUGCAAGCCUCAGAGCUAUUCCUUGCUACUCAAAUCAUUUGGAGAUCAGACUGAUCAGACCUACAAGCUUGAAGAAUUCCUCUCUCGCUUGGAGGAAGAACGUCUCAAGAUUGAUGCUUUCAAGCGCGAGCUUCCUCUCUGCAUGCAACUUCUCACCAACGCCAUGGAAGCUUCAAGGCAGCAACUACAGGCCUAUAAAGUAAACCAUGGAACAAAGCCAGUUCUCGAAGAAUUCAUACCCAUGAAGCACUUAGCCUCAGAUCAAAGCUCAGAGAAGGCAACAAACAUGUCUGACAAGGCAAAUUGGAUGACAUCUGCACAAUUAUGGAGCCAAGCAAGUGAAGGAACAAAACAACAACCAACAAUCACAACACCUAAAGAAUCUGAUAUAGGCUUCAGCAUAAGUCCAAAGCUGGCUCUAGACAACAAACAGAGGAACGGUGGAGGAGCCUUUCUUCCAUUCUCCAAAGAAAGAAACUCUUGCCAGGGCUCUACAUUGCGGCCUCUUCCUGAACUGGCUCUUGCCUAUGCGGAGAAAGAAAUGGAGGACAAGAAAUUACGUCCAGAGGUAGAAAUUAAGGGAGUUUCGUGCCAGAGUAAGAAGGAGAAUUCGGGAAGUGAUGGAACUGUGGUUGAUCAAGGAAAAGGUGGUAGCCCAGUUGCAUCGUCUCAUGCAACAACAACCACAACCACUAGCAGUGCACAAACUCAUAGGAAAGCUAGAAGGUGUUGGUCACCAGACCUGCACCGAAGAUUUGUUAAUGCCCUUCAAAUGCUUGGUGGAUCACAAGUGGCGACCCCAAAGCAGAUAAGGGAGUUGAUGAAGGUUGACGGUUUGACCAAUGAUGAAGUUAAAAGCCAUUUGCAGAAAUAUAGGCUUCACACAAGAAGACCCAGUCCAAGUCCUCAAGCGGUUGGAGCAGCACCACAGCUUGUGGUCCUCGGCGGAAUCUGGGUCCCACCGGAAUAUGCCACGGCAGCACACACAGCCACCCCUACUCUCUACGGCGCCCACCCUACCUCCCACGCGCCGCCGCCACAUUACUGCGCUGCCACUCCCAUGCCACAAGACUUCUACACCACGGCGCCGCCACAGCCGCUGCUUCCGCCGCCUCCGCCGCACCACAACGCUCUGCACCACCUGCACAUGUACAAGGCGGCACCGCACGGCCAAGGCUCGCCGGAAUCCGACGUUCCCAGCAACGGAGAGCGAUCGGAGAGUAUUGAGGAUGGGAAGUCGGAGAGUAGCAGCUGGAAGGGGGAGAAUGAAGGGGAGAGGAAAGGGAUUAGUAAAGGGAGCAAUGGGAGUGAGAUCACUCUCAAGUUCUAGGGUUUUAGAAUUAGGGUUUUGCUUGCAUCCCAUAACCGAUGCAUGUUCAACUACUAUUCAUUAUUGUUCAACAAAAAUGGGAAAAAAAAAAACAAACUAAGUAGAACAAAAUAUCCUUAGCUGUACUUUUUGCAUAUGUUUCUGUGGUACUGCAGAGGGUAAAAGAGGCAUAAAGGUGGACAUUUGUUUUGUUUUGUUUUUUUUUUUUGUUCUUUACCGUAUGUAAAGUAUUGAUGCUGUUAUAGUGUUAUGUAUUGGCACACUAGUACUACAUGGAGGGAAGAAUUGGAUUC